AUGGCACCCGAAGCUGGGACAAGCAGUUCUUAUUAUCUCAUCACGGGUAUACCUGUCAAGAAUGAGCCCAAAGUUGGACCCUACAAGAAGGUUGGCGUACGUCAAAAUAUCGACCAAUGGAGCAGCAAUCCAGACAACGAGAUACAAGUGCAUCUGUUUGUCAUGGCUUUGUAUCGAUUCCAAAGGAUUGAUCCUUGGGACAAGUUGUCAUAUUUCCAAGUGGCAGGUAUUCAUGGCCAGCCAAACGUCACCUGGGAUGAGACUGCAGCAGAUAUGAAGGGCGAAUCGAUCAAGGGCAAGAGUUACUGCACGCACAACACCAUCUUGUUCCCUGCCUGGCAUCGUCCGUACUUGGCGCUCUAUGAACAACGGUUGUAUGAGAUCAUGCGCGACGAGAUCAUCCCCGGUUUCCCCAAAGACCAGCAAGCGGAAUGGCGAGAGGCAGCUGACUCCUGGCGUUUCCCAUUCUGGGACUGGAGCAUUGCGAACCCAAAUUCUUCAACCGGAACCGUGAAAGUCCCCCAGCUGUCCAAGUAUCCCACAAUCAUGGUUCCCAAGUCGGACCUCUCGGGUGAAGAAAGAAUCGAAAAUCCGCUUUUUCAAUUCAAAGUGCCGACUAACGAGCCCAUGUCCAAAAAAUGCAUCGGAACCAGCCGUUGGCCCGAUGAUGAGGAUGCUGGUAUCAAUAAGAUCCGUGCCCCAAAUGGCCAGAAUGAAACCAUCCGCGCGGAUACAGAAGCCUGGAGGCAUUGUGUGGUCAACAAUUCCGAGGUUGAACGAGCAUUAUCAGCUCCAGUCUGGAAUUUUGACAACGCAGAGGAUAGUGCCAAAUUUGGAAAGCCAGCUGAGGCUGUUUAUCGACUACUGACUGUGCCCAUGGAGUAUACCAGUUUUGCUACAACCGGUGAGACAGAGUCUAAAACGACAGAUCAAGUGGAGACCAAUUUGAACAUCGAGUUCAUCCACAAUGAUAUCCACCGUUGGGUUGGAGGUGAUAACUAUGGUCAUAUGGCUCAGAUUCCUGUGGCCAGUUUCGAUCCCCUCUUCUGGCUUCAUCAUUGCAACAUUGACCGCAUAUUUGCCCUUUGGCAAGCACUUAAUCCCGACAAGUGGUUUACGAAAGGAAGGGUGAACCAAUUCGAUGCGCAGGACAUUAUCGGACUCCCUGUUGGGACUGAAAUCAGCCCAACUACCCCCCUGAGACCCUUCCGUAAGGAUGCCACCGGCGCAUAUUUGAACGCGAAUGAUGUCCGCUGGACCUACGACUUGGGCUAUACGUAUCCAGAACUGCAAACAUGGUUGGCGAAGUACAAUGUUGGCAACAACUUUAGCCAGGAGGCGUUCAUCAAAGAUGUCCGACAGCAGAUCAAUAGUCUAUAUGGAGAGUCAAGAGAUCUUCUCCUCGGCGCUAAUGGUGAACUCCCAGGUACCGAACUUGUUGACGGAGGCAUCAAGUCUGUUGAUUAUGCGUUCAGCAUCAGAUACAGAAAGUAUGCCUUUGGGGGAGAUCCUUUCUGGAUUAAAUUGUACCUCUCACAGGACGAAACCCCGAAUACAAAAACAGACCCCGUUAUUGCUGAAGUGUUCAACUUCAGCCAAAGGCCAACGGUAAAUGGCAAAGAUAACUGUGAGAACUGCAAGAAGGACCAGACAAACAAUCCCUGGGCCACUGCGUACAUCUCGGUCACACCUGUGUUGAUCAAACUACUCAAGCAAGGGAAGAAAUUGGAAUCGCUGAAGAAGUCCGAUGUUAUGAAGUACUUGCUGGAUUCUGCAUACUGGAGAGUCAUAAGGCAUGGUAAAAUCGCGCCUAGUUACGACGUAAAGAAGGUCGACCCUCAGAUCAUUGGCAGCACCAACGAUGCUACCAACUUUGACGACCCCACCAAAGCUCCAGCCUACAAGAACUUCAAGCCAGAACCAUCCAUCAGUGGUGGAGCUGAUGGCGCUCUAAACCCAGCUCAUAAGCAGCCAGUGACGCAACCUCCUGUUCCUAUUCCUGAAAUUCUCAAGGGCAACCUCUCAAUCGGUCAGACCUUGGCUUUCAAGAACGAAGUUGUCGCCGACAGCGUCGUCCUCAUCGAUUCCUCCAAAGUUGACCUCAACAAGAUCAAGACCGACACCGUCGACAACACCCAAUUCUACUUCUCCGAUGCGGACCAGAAUAUCGUCUUCCUCAUGUCUGUUCGCCGUGCCGAGGGCGAGAUUAUCUUCAAUACAUUGCUCAACAACCAAUGGGGCAAGGAGGAGCGUGUCUCGCUCAAUAACCGAUUCCGGUCUGCUAAGCCUACGAUCCUGGUGCAUGACCAAGGCGAUGGUUAUGAAAUCUUUAUUGACUGGAUUCACGUCACCUGGUUCCAGAAGAGAGCGAAGGAUAAGAAGGCCAAGACUAUUACUUACAGUGUGAAUAAGGGUCAGAACCCGGUUUGGUCUAAGGAUUUGACCGUCAAGGUCUACUCAUCUAUGAGGGAAUUGUUCUAUCACUAGGCUGCCUUUUUGGCUUCUUCUUUAUAUCAGAGUGCAGGUUCGUGCUUUUCAUAAUUUAUAAUAACCAGAAUAGUUGUUUAUUGAUGAAACUGAAUAUACAGCAUUGAUUUUGAGGUUCAUUUGUACAAAAAUCUGGUAUAUAUGUAUAGUCCACACCUAUCUUCUUUGUAUCCUGGGCGCUAAAUGCGAACAAAAUGCCAAUAUCCUGUACACGGCAAAUAAAUAAAAAA